CUGAGUAGAGUGUUCUCUGUUCCUACUAUGAAUUUUGUUUCAAAAUGUCGACGAUCUCAAGGAUGAUUAUCUUUAUAAGUAUUCUUUCAGCAUGCCUAGCAUUUAGGCCACUGGAGCAUGCACCAUCAAUCAUCUUCAUGGAUGUAAUCGAUAGUAUCGGGUCUGCUCGUAUGGAAUCUGGUAGAGGAAAUGGUGACAGUGAGGUGCAAAGGACUAUGCUUGAGCUUCUCAAUCAACUUGAUGGAUUCAAAGCGUCAAACAAAAUCAAGUUGACUGUUGAUAACUUGAUAUGGCGGUGGCGAAUGUAAUAGAAAGACACAGAGAAGAACAUGUCUCUGCUUAAGAUGUGGAAGUAGGAAUCUCCUUUUGGCUUCACUAUCAUCAACACUGGCUAUACAACACUGUGCUAUCUGACAAUAAAUUUUCAAAUUCAACACAUGUGGCAUGUGUCAUGAACAAUCUCUAAAAACUAUCCGUUAUGAACAUACUGUACAUAAUAAAUCCUUUAUUGUCGUCGACAACACAAA